GAACCCGUCUCUCAAUACCCCACUCGUUGACGACCUUCACAAUGCUUGCCUCCCUGUUUUUCUUACUUCCGGCAUUGGCUAGCUUGGCCAAUGCUGUUGUUUUGCCUGCAGAGCCUGACGUUGUGGAGGAGGCCACAGUGGAGGUUGUCACAAUUGAGGUAGCUGCAGCUGCGGUAACUACGCUAUCUGCAUCGGAGUUGGCCGCGUUUGCGCCCUAUACACAAUUUGCCCGCGCAGCCUACUGUGCUUCCAGUAGGAUUGCUAACUGGGGUUGUGGUGAAGCAUGCAGGGCUCUGUCCGGUUUCCAGCCCACCUUAACUGGUGGUGAUGGUAAUAUUGUACAGCUUUAUUUCGUCGGGUACUGGCCUCAACAGAAUUCCGUAGUCGUAACUCAUCAAGGGACAGAUCCUACGCAAUUUAUGUCGCUUUUGACAGAUGCCAAUAUUUUCACUAAAAGACUGGAUACAACGCUCUUCCCCGGUAUCCCAAACAACAUUGCCGUCCACGGAGGAUUCGCUGAUGCUCACGCUGAUACCGCGAGAACGAUCUUGGCCGAGACCAAGAGGCUGAUUACAGCGAAGGGUGCCACUACCGUCACUUUGAUUGGUCAUUCCUUGGGAGGAGCUCUGGCGGAGUUGGACGCGCUGUAUAUGAAGUUGAAUCUUCCGUCUAACAUCCACAUCAAAGCGGUAACAUACGGUACUCCGCGAGUCGGAAACGCUGCCUUUGCUUCCUACUUCGAUUCUCAGGUACCCGAUUUCCAACGAGUCAAUAACGAAAGGGAUCCCAUACCUAUCGUCCCUGGAAGAAGUUUGGGAUUCCAGCACCCUCAUGGAGAGGUUCACAUCAUUUCUCCAAACCACGCUGUAGCAUGUCCAGGCAAUGAUGCAACUGUUGCACUGUGCACGAUAGCUACUGUUCCGACCAUUUUCGAUGGCAACAUUCUCGAUCAUUUGGGUCCUUACCAGGGUAUCUUUAUUGGUACUUUAUUCUGCACGUAACAGGGCUUUUCGUUUGAUGUGUCUAUAGAAAGAAAGUAAGGGGGCGUGUUUUGGCAAUCUUGUCCCUGAAAUUGCUGUUGGUGCCUCAGUAAAUCUUGAGCUUUCCAUUUCGGGCGUUCGUGGUUGAACUUGAACUUGCUCUUCGUUCCUACCCAUCCUC